GGCUGGGGCGCCGGAGCGGCGGGCGGGCGCUCGGAGCGGCGGCGGCGGCGGCAGGAUGAACAGCAUCAAGAGCGUGCCGGCGCGGGUGCUGAGCCGCAGGCCGGGCCACAGCCUGGAGGCCGAGCGCGAGCAGUUCGACAAGACGCAGGCCAUCAGCAUCAGCAAAGCCAUCAACAACCAGGAGGUGCCGGUGAAGGAGAAGCACGCACGCCGUAUCAUUCUGGGCACGCACCACGAGAAGGGCGCCUUCACUUUCUGGUCCUACGCCAUCGGCCUCCCGCUGCCCAGCAGCCCCAUCCUGAGCUGGAAAUUCUGCCAUGUCCUGCACAAGGUUCUGCGGGAUGGCCAUCCCAAUGUGCUGCAUGACUGCCAGCGGUACCGCAGCAACAUCCGCGAGAUUGGGGACCUGUGGGGGCACCUGCAUGACCGGUACGGACAGCUAGUGAGCGUCUACACCAGGCUGCUGCUGACCAAGAUCUCCUUUCACCUCAAGCACCCCCAGUUCCCCGCGGGCCUGGAGGUGACAGACGAGGUGCUGGAGAAGGCGGCCGGGACUGACGUGAACAACAUCUUCCAGCUCACCGUGGAGAUGUUCGACUACAUGGACUGCGAGCUGAAGCUCUCGGAGUCGGUUUUCCGGCAGCUCAACACCGCCAUCGCCGUGUCCCAGAUGUCCUCGGGCCAGUGCCGCCUGGCCCCCCUGAUCCAGGUCAUCCAGGACUGCAGCCACCUGUACCACUACACCGUGAAGCUCAUGUUCAAGCUGCACUCCUGUCUGCCCGCGGACACGUUGCAAGGCCACAGGGACCGCUUCCAUGAGCAGUUCCACAGCCUCCGGCACUUCUUCCGCCGCGCCUCGGACAUGCUGUACUUCAAGCGGCUCAUCCAGAUCCCCCGGCUGCCCGAGGGACCCCCCAACUUUCUGCGGGCCUCGGCCCUGGCGGAGCACAUCAAGCCCGUGGUGGUGAUCCCGGAGGAGGCCCCGGAAGAGGAGGAACCAGAGAGCCUGAUCGAGAUCAGCACGGGCCCCCCCGUAGAGGAGCCGGCAGUGGUGGCUGACCUCUUGGACCAGACGUUCGGGCCCCCCAACGGCUCGGUGAGGGAUGAGAGGGACCUGCAGAUCGAGACCCUGAAGCGCGAGGUGGAGGCGCUGCGGGCAGAGCUGGAGAAGAUGAAGCUGGAGGCCCAGCGCUACGUGGCGCAGCUCAAGGGCCAGGUGAACGCGCUGGAGGCCGAGCUGGAGGAGCAGCGCAAGCAGAAGCAGAAGGCCCUGGUGGACAACGAGCAGCUCCGCCACGAGCUGGCCCAGCUGCGGGCCGCCCAGCGCGAGGGCGAGCAGGACCGGGGCCUGCGCGAGGAGGCCGAGCGGCGGGCCAGCGCCACGGAGCUGCGCUACAGCAGGCUGAAGGAGAAGCACAGUGAGCUCAUCAACACCCACGCCGAGCUGCUGCGGAAGAACGCGGACACGGCCAAGCAGCUGACGGUGACGCAGCAGAGCCAGGAGGAGGUGGCGCGUGUGAAGGAGCAGCUGGUCUUCCAGAUGGAGCAGGUUAAGCGCGAGUCGGAGAUGAAGCUGGAGGAGCAGAGCGACCAGGUGGAACAGCUCAAGCGGGAGCUGGAGGCCAAGGCCGGGGAGCUGCAGCAUGCCCAGGAGGCCCUGAGCCGCACACAGCAGAGUGGGGCUGAGCUGAGCUCAAGGCUGGACACACUGAGCGCGGAGAAGGCCGCCCUGAGCGGGGCCGUGCAGCAGCGGGAGGCCGAGCUGCUGGCAGCCCAGAACUUGGCGCGGGAGAAGGAGGCGGUGCUGAGCCAGGCCCAGCAGGAGCUACAGGGGCGGCUGGCAGAGAAGGAGGCCCAGGAGCAGGGGCUGUGGCAAAGGAUGCUGGACGAGCAGUUCGCAGUGUUGUGUGGUGCUGCAGGCGAGGCCGAGCGCAUCCUCCAGGAUGCAGUGGGCAAGCUGGACGACCCCCUACACCUGCGCUGCACCAGCUCCCCGGACUACCUGGUGAGCAGGGCCCAGGCAGCCGUGGACACAGUGAGCGCCCUGGAGCGGGGCCAUGCCCAGUACCUAGCCUCCCCAGCAGAUGCCUCAGCCCUGGUGGCGGCCCUGGCCCGCUUCUCCCAUCUGGCCGCAGACACCAUCAUAAACGGGGCUGCCACCUCCCAUCUGGCCCCCACCGACCCUGCUGACCGUCUGCUGGACAGCUGCAGGGAGUGCGGGGCGCGGGCGCUGGAGCUCACACAACAGCUGCAGGACCGGCAGGGGGUGACCAAGGCACAGCCAGGCCUGGUGCGCGGCCCCCUGCAGGGCAUCCUUCAGCUGGGCCAGGAGCUGAAGCCCAAGAGCCUGGACGUGCGGCAGGAGGAGCUGGGCGCCGUGGUGGAUAAGGAGAUGGCGGCCACCUCUGCAGCCAUUGAAGAUGCCGUGCGGAGGAUCGAGGACAUGAUGAACCAGGCCCGCCACGCGAGCUCAGGGCUUAAGCUGGAGGUGAACGAGAGGAUCCUUAAUUCCUGCACAGACCUCAUGAAGGCCAUCCGGCUCCUGGUGACCACAUCCACCAGCCUGCAGAAGGAAAUAGUAGAAAGUGGCCGGGGGGCAGCCACACAACAAGAAUUUUAUGCCAAGAACUCACGCUGGACUGAAGGCCUCAUCUCUGCCUCCAAGGCCGUGGGCUGGGGAGCCACGCAGCUGGUGGAGUCGGCGGACAGGGUGGUGCUGCACACGGGCAAGUACGAGGAGCUGAUAGUCGGCUCGCACGAGAUCGCGGCCAGCACGGCCCAGCUGGUGGCGGCCUCCAAGGUGAAGGCCAGCAAACACAGCCCCCACCUGAGCCGCCUGCAGGAGUGCUCGCGCACUGUCAACGAGAUGGCCGCCAACGUGGUGGCCUCCACCAAGUCGGGCCAGGAGCAGAUUGAGGAGCGAGACACCAUGGACUUCUCCGGCCUGUCGCUCAUCAAGCUCAAGAAGCAGGAGAUGGAAACGCAGGUGCGGGUCCUGGAGCUGGAGAAGACGCUGGAGGCGGAGCGCGUGCGACUCGGGGAGCUGCGGAAGCAGCACUAUGUGCUGGCCGGCGGCGUGGGGUCACCAGGCGAGGAGGAGCCCAGCCCACCCAUCGCCACCCCCCGGGGUGGGACCAAGAAGCCACCGCUGGCCCAGAAGCCCAGUGUGGCCCUGCGACAGGACCAACAGGUGCAGGGUGCUGGGAUGUGGAGGCUUCCAGAGGGGGCAGCUGGCCCCCGGCUGGGCCACACGCCCUGAGCCCUUGCCUUCAGUUCCCACAGCUCAACAAGGAUGGUGUCUACCCAGCUCAGCUCUUGAACUCCUAUGCCCUCUGGGGUCCAGGCCUCGCGGGGCUGCCCUGGGACCACAUUCCACCCUGGGGUGUCCCCCAGGCUGCCAGCCCCCUGCCUGUGGGUCCUGAGCUGCAAGGCUGUUACAACUCCUUAUCAUGGUGAACAUACUGGGAGACCUGCCACGUAGGGGCCACCUCUGCCCGAGACUGCAGUCCCAGCAUGCCAACUCCAUGGUGCCCAACGGUUCAAGCCAUAGGCAGAACAAGGCACAUGCCGCCCACUUCUCCUUGGGCCAGGUGCAGGAAGUGGCUGCUGUUGCUCCUGCAGGGCCGGGCAGCCUGGCAGGGGCCACCUCUGCUCCGGAAAGUACCAGUUCCAACUGGAACCUGCCAUCACCGCCCAUUUCCUGUUUUCCAUUCCGGACCUGGCCGUGCCAUCACCAUCGCCUACCCUGAGGGCCUGCUGCCUGCCCUUCUGAAGGUCGGGGCUUGGCCCCAGACCCACCUGUGUGCCAAGAGCAAGCCAGA